UUUCACAAACUAUAUAUACUCCACAACUUUAAUUUCUCAUCACUCAAAGAACAAAAAACUUAUUAAUUUUCCACACCCAAAAUUUUCUUAGCCAAUUUAAUUACGAGUGCAAAACAAGAAUUUUACAAAAAAAAAAAAAAAAAAAAUGUCACAACCUUUUGAAACAUACCCUUAUAAUCCAGUGAUCAAAUCACAGCCGGAAUCUUCCCACUCCGAUGGAUCAUACGCCACCGUUUUCAUCGUGUUGGCCGUGAUCUGCGCCGUCGGCGUGGCCGCUUGCGUUUACGGGUGGCUGUGCAACCGGCCGAGCCACCGCGACGAGGGGGCGGAGAAGCACCACCACCACCAUCCGCCGCCGCCGCCGGCGGCGCUGCCCAAAUCCAAUGGUCAUGAGUUGGGGCCUAAAGAGUGGGAGGCUAAGGAAAAGCCGAGAAUCUCCUUGAGGGAGAGGGCCGACGUCGAAUUCGGGUUCGAUACGAGGUUUCCGCCGGCUAGAGGGGCUGGCUACGGCGGAGGAAUGGCGGAGCCGCCGCAUUUUGGAGGCGGGAGGAGGCCGGAAGUUCGGUUUGCCGAUAAUGUCUAGAGCUUUGAUUUUGUGCAUGCAUGGUGAAUUUUUAUUUUUUAUUUUUUUUAGUUUUAUUUAAAACAAUUGUUUGAGUUUGGUAGAAUUUUUAUUUAUUUAGUUUGGUUUUGAUUUUAUUUUAAUAUUUGGUGCUGUUGAUGCAAUGACAUAAAUUUAUUCUAUUUA